AUUUUCCCCUAAUUAAAAAUAUUAAGAUUAAGAUUCCAUUAUUCUCCCUUUUGUAACUUCAACUCAAAAAGUCAAACUAGCUAAUUUGUUCGAUUCUCAUCCCAAAGAAAAGCUCAACUCAACAAUGGCGUCCUUCGUUAAAUCCACUUCUUCUGACCGGGAAGAACGUGAGAGACAGAAGAACUAUUGGAUUGAUCAUUCCGCAGAUUUGAAUAUCGAGUCGAUGAUGGUCGAUUCCGAUUCUCAUGGACUUCACUCGGAAGAAACGGCUGAAGUGAUUUCGCUGCUUCCGCCGUACGAGGGGAAGACGGUAGUGGAGCUUGGGGCUGGCAUUGGCCGUUUCACGGCGGAGUUAGCUCAAAGAGCGGCGCAGGUUCUCGCUGUUGACGUUAUUGAAGAUGUGAUUAAGAAGAAUGAGAGUAUCAAUGGGCAUAAUAAGAAUGUGAGGUUUCUAUGUGCUGAUGUGACUUCCCCAGAACUUGAUAUUCCUGAAGACUCUGUGGAUUUCAUCUUCUCAAAUUUGCCGCUCAUGUAUUUUUCUGAUGAAGAGGUAAAAAUUCUGGCAGAUAGGAUGAUCAAAUGGUUGAAGGUUGGAGGUUAUAUUUUCUUCAGAGAGUCUUGUUUCCAACAUUCUGAAAAUUCUGAUAAAAAGCACGACUUGUCUCACUACUGGGAACCAAGAUUCUAUUCAAAGGUUCUCAAAGAGUGUUAUGCCAAAGAUGAUUCUGGAAAUGUUUUUGAACUUUCUCUUCUUGGCUGCAAACCCACUGGAGUUUAUUUGGGGAACAAGACGAGUCAAAAUCAGGUCUGCUGGAUAUGGCAGAAGAAGAAAAGUUCCAGCGAAGGCAAAGGAUUCCAACGCUUUCUAGACACAAUUCAAUACAAAUGCAACGGCAUUCUCCGGUACGAGCGUGUCUUCGGACCCGGUUUCGUCAGCACCGGCGGAAUCGAUACAACGAAAGAAUUUGUAGCGCAACUGGAGCUAAAAGCAGGGCAGAGGGUUUUGGAUGUGGGUUGUGGAAUUGGGGGAGGAGACUUUUACAUGGCCGAGAAUUUUGGAGUGGAGGUCGUCGGAAUAGACCUCUCCAUUAACAUGAUCUCGCUAGCUUUAGAGCGUGCUAUUGGACUCAAAUGCCCAGUGGAAUUUGAAGUGGCCGAUUGUACAAAGAAAGUAUAUGCAGAUAACAUAUUUGAUGUCAUUUAUAGCCGGGACACCAUUUUACAUAUUCAAGACAAACCUGCAUUGUUUAGGUCGUUUUACAAAUGGCUGAAGCCUGGCGGAAAGAUUCUAAUAAGUGAUUACUGCAAGAGUAGUGGCAUUCCUUCCCCUGAAUUUGCAGAGUAUAUCAAGCAGAGAGGCUAUGAUUUGCACGACGUCAAAUCCUACGGCCAGAUGCUUGAGGAAGCUGGUUUCAGCAAUGUGGUAGCAGAGGACCGAACCGAUCAGUUCAUCAGUGUUCUUCAAAGGGAACUAAACACUGUUGAAAAGGAAAAGGAAGCAUUCAUCCAUGACUUUUCUGAAGAAGAUUACAAUGAUAUUGUUGGAGGUUGGAAGGCAAAGUUGAAUAGGUGUUGGUGUGGAGAGCAGAAAUGGGGAUUGUUCAUUGCCCACAAAACAAAAUGAUCAAAACACCAACCUUUAUUAAUGAUCAAUUACUUUGUUAUUCAGCAAUUGCAUCUAUUGUUUUUCUUUCUUUUGAAUUCAAUAAUUAUAUUGGUGAAGAUCAUACCAUGUCUUAAACGAUGGUAAUACUUGUGCUACCUCACUACUCGAUUGAAGUAUGUUUAGAUUGA